AUGGCGGCGCUCGGUGUGGCGACGAGUGGUGGCAAUUGGUUUUCGGCUUUGGCGCUCGGGGUGACUCUCCUCAAAUGCCUUCUCAUCCCCACCUAUCAUUCCACAGAUUUUGAAGUACACCGAAACUGGCUAGCUAUCACUCACAGUUUACCAGUAUCACAGUGGUAUUAUGAGGAAACUUCAGAGUGGACCUUAGAUUACCCACCUUUUUUUGCAUGGUUUGAGUAUGCUUUGUCUCAUGUUGCCAAAUAUUUUGAUCAAGAGAUGCUGAAUGUACAGAAUCUGAAUUAUGCCAGCUCAAAGACCUUACUUUUCCAGAGAUUUUCUGUCAUCUUUACAGAUAUACUCUUUGUGUAUGCUGUGCAUGAGUGCUGUAAAUGCGUUGAUGGGAAAAAAUCAGGUAAAGAACUUACAGAGAAGCCAAAGUUUAUUCUGUCAGUGUUACUGCUGUGGAACUUUGGGCUGUUAAUUGUGGACCAUAUCCAUUUCCAAUACAAUGGUUUUUUAAUGGGAUUAAUGCUACUUUCCAUUGCACGAUUAUUUCAGAAAAGGCAUAUGGAAGGAGCACUUCUCUUUGCUGUUCUCCUACAUUUCAAGCACAUUUACCUCUACGUAGCACCAGCUUAUGGUAUAUAUCUGCUACGAUCUUACUGCUUCACUGCAAAUAAACCAGAUGGGUCUGUCCGAUGGAACAGUUUCAGCUUCUUCCGCCUUAUUUCCCUGGGACUGAUUGUUUUUCUAGUUUCUGCCCUUUCAUUGGGUCCUUUUCUAGCCUUGAGCCAGCUGCCUCAAGUCUUUUCCCGACUUUUUCCUUUCAAGCGGGGCCUCUGCCAUGCAUAUUGGGCUCCAAACUUCUGGGCUUUGUACAAUGCUUUGGACAAAGUGCUGUCCGUCAUAGGUUUAAAAUUGAAACUUCUUGAUCCCAACAAGAUUCCUAAGGCCUCAAUGACGAGUGGUUUGGUUCAGCAGUUCGAGCACACAGUCCUUCCUUCAGUGACUCCCUUGGCCACCCUCAUCUGUACUCUGGUUGCCAUAUUGCCCUCUAUUUUCUGUCUUUGGUUUAAACCCCAAGGGCCCAAAGGCUUUCUCCGGUGUCUGAUCCUUUGUGCUUUGAGCUCCUUUAUGUUUGGAUGGCAUGUCCAUGAGAAAGCCAUACUUCUAGCAAUUCUCCCAAUGAGCCUUCUGUCUGUGGGAAAAGCAGGUGAUGCUUCAAUUUUUCUGAUUCUGACUACAACAGGACAUUAUUCUCUCUUCCCUCUGCUCUUCACUGCACCAGAACUUCCCAUUAAAAUCCUACUCAUGUUACUAUUUACCAUCUAUAGUAUUUCCUCACUGAAGACUCUAUUCAGGAAAGAAAAGCCUCUUUUUAAUUGGAUGGAAACUUUCUACCUCCUUGGCCUAGGGCCUCUGGAAGUCGUCUGUGAAUUUGUGUUCCCUUUCACCUCCUGGAAGCUGAAGUACUCCUUUCUUCCUUUGUUACUGACCUCAGCGUAUUGUGCAGUGGGCAUCACAUAUGCUUGGUUCAAACUGUAUGUUUCAGUGUUGACUGACCCUCCUGUCAGCAAGACAAAGAAGCAAUGA